AAGCUCCAAAACUAUCAUCAUUUGUGGUGCGACGGAAGUCCUCAAGUGAUAUUAUUGCCACUCGGUUGGAAGAUUUAGUGCGUCAGUUCUGGGAAAUCGAGCACAACUUCGAGCCGAUCUCUAAGGCCUCCCAAGAAGAUAUCGACUGCGAAGCCCACUUCCGGGAAAAUUAUUUGCGAUUGUCAUCAGGCGAAUACUCAGUUCGUCUUCCCAUGAAGCGUGGUGUGGAGGCCCUUGGAGACUCCUAUUUGCAAGCUCGUCAACGCUUCGAAAGUCUUGAACGAAAAUUCGCUCGUAACCCUGUGCUUAAAACAGAAUAUAGUAAGUCCAUAAAGGAAUAUCUGGACCUUAAUCACAUGUCGCUAGUUACCAAUGAGGUUUUUCAACAAUGCAAGUAUUUUCUGCCGCAUCAUUGCGUCAUCAAGGAUGACAGUAGCACAACAAAGCUGAGAGUGGUUUUUGAUGGCUCUGCAUCCACUACUUCGGGCUUUUCGCUGAACGACCUACUCAUGGCAGGCCCAACUAUUCAGCCGAAACUUUUUAAUAUCCUUAUUAGAUUUCGUACUUUUCCCAUAGCACUUACUGGGGACAUCUGUAAGAUGUAUAGGUGUGUUCGCGUCACCCCACCAGAUAGCAUGCUCCAAUGCAUAUUGUGGCGUGAAUCUCCUCAGGAAAACUUUGCCAUCUAUAAGUUAGACACGCUGACUUAUGGAACUAAGCCUGCGUCAUUUCUGGCCAUACGUGCCAUGCACCAACUCGCAGCUGACGAAUCCUCGACUUAUCCCAUUGGUGCAGAAAUAGUGCGUCGAGACUUCUACGUAGAUGACUUGAUAUCUGGAGGCGAUUCGAUGGAAGAAGUACUGAAUAUCAAGCUACAAACAACUAGCCUCCUUGCUCGAGGAAACUUUAAGUUACGCAAGUGGUGCUCUAAUAGUCCAGAUAUCCUUCGUGAUAUACCUGACGUAGACAAGGAACGUUUCCUUAAGUUUGACGAUGGCAGUGACAUCACCAAAGCUCUGGGACUAGUUUGGGAUCCGGUCAAGGACAAGCUGCUAUUUUCGUUUGUGCCACAACGAGAACUCGGUAAAAACUCAAAACGCUCUGCGUUGUCUACUCUAGCUCGCUGUUACGAUCCCCUUGGACUAAUGGGCCCUACGCUGACCAAGGCGAAGAUUCUUUUGCAACGCAUGUGGAGAGACAAGCUUGAGUGCGAUGAGAGUAUACCGCAAUCGUUAAACACCGCCUGGUCUGCCUUUUGCAGCGAGUUUGCAGACAUACAGCAUCUAUCAUUUCCUCGUUACGUCUUGCCUUGAAGCUUAUGGGGCUUGCGUUUAUACGCGUUCAGC